AAAUGAAAAUACUAGAAAUAAUUGUGAAUAUGACAAUAAUUCUCAGUGAAAUAACUACCAGGAAAACUGUUGACCUUCUUCAUGAAUCUGAACAUAUUGCUAAUGAUAAAUAUAGAAAGCGGACAUAUUUGUGGGUAGAAAAAUAUA